AUGUCGUCUGGCCUCUUGCAGUCGAGCGCCGACGCAGAGGGGAGCAGCAGUCCCUCGCUAGGCCAACCGGAGUACAAAGGCGAGGAGCUGUCGCCUGUGCCAUCGUCGGGCACACCACAGCCGGGAGACAAGGGCGGUGUCGAUGCAACGACGCCGCGGUCGUCGUCAUCCUUGUCCCAGCGCGGCGAGGCACCUUCGAGGACGAAGUCGAUUCUUCGCUUCGGCAGAAAUUUGCGGACUACCAAAAAGAAGCAGGGACAGGAGCAGGAGCAGAAACAGGUUGCAGAGGCAGAGAGGAGCAGAGGACAAGGGCUAGAACCUACAAGGGCGAGAUCGAGAUCGACGCAGAGGAGCAUUGACUCGCAGCGAUCCAAGUCCUCGGCCGAGCAUGCUCGAUCGACGGCAGGCGCAGCCUUUUACAGAGACUCGCUCCUUGCGGCCCCUUAUCCACGUGCAUCGACGUCCAGCUCCAAGGGAGACUCGAGCAGCGAUCCGGACGGAGGAACGGGUGUGGGGGCUAUUAGUGGCGAGCGUGCCUCUUCGGAGCUCGACAGCGUCGCAUGGCGGAGUAGCCAGAGCCUGCCGAGGGAGUCGUCGAUCGAGGAGGAGGAAUGGGAGCCGAGCGAGACUCUCGGGCCAGCGAAAGCACCCAGGCGGCUCAUGGGCAGCCUGGGAAGGAGGCAACAGGCGAAACAGGCCAUGGCUGCCUAUCACGCGCCAGAUGAAAAGCCAGACACCGACACCCUCAGAACGCCCCGGAGUGCGGCGAGUGCCGCGCAAAGGAGAGCGGACGUGCCUGUGUCCGCUCCCACGUGUAACGGCGCAACACCUGUUGCAUCGAGACCUACCUCCUCUUCAACCCCCUCUCUUUCCGCUUCGACUGAGACAGCUGCGGCGUCGACGUUGAGCUCAAGAAGAACACCGAAAGCGCGUGCUGGCCUGGGCAUCCUGGUUGCGUCUCCCGACGACGACAGCAUCCUGCCUGGACCACUCACGACGUCUACUCUGGCCUCUUCAACGCCCGCUUCACCCCUGUCAGAGUCUUCACGGCACUUUGCUUCGAGAACGAGUCGACUUCACAAGGGUAGCUCACCCCAGCGGCCUCAAGUUCAACCUCCUGCAGCGCCUUUGCCUCCUCUGCCACCGACAGUAGCACCGUCUGGUAGCGGUAGAAAGUCGCUUCCGUCUUUCAAGGCUAGCGAACAGCAGAAAACGUCACUCGAGCGCCCAGAAGAGCUUCAAGACUUGCGCACCACGACCAACGGCAGCAGCACCACAUCGGCGUCGUCUUCGUCAGGCGGGCCGGGCUCUCGAAUCGCGUCUCGAUUCAUGUCAAAGCUCAAGGGCACCCACCUCGACGACGAGAUUGUCCCUGUACCAAAAGAGACGUUGCCUCCCACUCGCAAUGUCGUUGGUGUUGGCUCCUUUGUCAACCCAUUUAUUCCGCCGUUGCCUUCAACUGCAUCUCCGCAGCCCUUUGGCGACAUGCGCCCUCGUGUGCCUCCCUUGCCUGGUGAUCCAGUGUUGAAGGUGGCUAGAAAGACACGAUCGCAAAGCAAUCUCAAGGUAUCGCGGUCCAACUCCAUCGCUCAGCCUAUCGAAAGCGGUCCACUGUCUGCGUCUUCUUCUGCCAGCCGCAGUCAGACCGAUCCACCAACAUCGGCGCCACUAACGAGCCCUAUGCAGGUAUCGAGCGAAGACUCGUCUCUGCAGAAGAAGCAGCCACGGAGAUCCACGCGAAGGCCAAGAACGAGUGGAGGAGACAUCGGCCAGAGCCCAGGGCCUUCGCUUCCAUCUACGAGUGCAUUCGGUUCUGCGAGCUGGUUCCAGCGCAAAAUCAGCGGCCCUUCAGCCAAAGAACCCACCUCAUCUCCUCCAAAUACGUCCUCCUCUGCUUGGGCCAACACGAUGAAGAGCCGACUGGAGAUGUUUGAUUCCUCGCCCGAGGAUGAAAAGAAAGGUCCUUCGUUCCCCUUGCCUCCUACUUCGUUCCCCGUCGGCUCGCAGCGUGAUGUUCCAGCACCUCUAUCGCAGCAUAUCGGGCAAAUUGAGCGCACCAAUGGCGAUGGCGCUGGCGAUGACACUGGUGUACCCAGGCGGAUGAAGCUUGCGGACAGAGGCAGGAGCAGCUCGGUUAAUUCGCUCGAUGACUUUGGCCAGGCGUUCAAGAGCAAGCGAGGUCCCGCUGCCGGCUCGCAUUUGGGCAAUCGGAAAAAGGGCUCGACACCCUCCAGACCGUCUUCGUCACAAGGCAUCGAAGCGGGGCAAGGGUCCAAGCUCGACAGCCAAGGUGGUGCCGCCAGUCUGUUUGGCGGCGGCAGUGGAGGAGGAGGCGGAGGAACCUCCAGCGCGGGUGGGACUCCGAGGCAGAGGGCAUCGUCUCUCCUUCCUUCGAUGCCCUGGAGGAGCCGCACAAAUUCAAAUGCAGGCACCGAUCAGGAAAGUGACCGACGAGUGUCGACUUCUUCUCAGCAGCAGCAGCAGCAGCAGCAGCAGCAGCAGCCUCAGCCAGUGACCAAGAGGGCCAGCGUGACGACUUCUACUGCCCCUGCGAGCGCAAGGCAAUCGACCGAGGUUGAGUUCAACUACGAUCCCGAGGCCUUUCUCGAGCACGUCCUCAUCACGACUCCCAACACGGAACUUGCGUCGAAGCUGGCUUCAUCUUCGAGCGAGAUGCACAAAGAGGCCCUGCGGCUCUUUAUGCAGCGCUUCUACUUCUCUGGGUAUGCAUUUGACAUUGCCCUGCGCAAACUCCUCAUGUCUUUGUGCUUGCCCAAGGAGACGCAGCAGAUCGAUCGGGUCAUGGAGGCGUUUGCAAGGCGGUACAACGAGUGCAACGAGCGGCUCUUUGUCAAUGACGACCAGCCCUACAUCCUCGCUUUCUCGCUCAUGAUGCUUCAUACCGACACGUUCAACCGCAAUGCCAAAACGAAGAUGUCAAAGGCUGAUUACAUCCGCAACACGGCCACGAGCGGCGUCGCCACUGAGGUGCUCGAGUACCUCUACGACAAUCUCACCUUCACGCAGUUCAUCUACGUCGAGGAAGAGGACGAGAAGCAACGACGGGCGUCGGAUGCUAACGACGCAGGUGGAUCCACCAAGCUCUUCUCUGCGCUCUCGUCCUCGUCUGCCUUGACAAACAAGACUCGCAUCGAUCCGUACUAUAUCAUUUCAAAUCAGGGAGAUCUCGAAAAAUUCCGACCUGCCUCGAUCCUUCAGCUCAUCCCAGAGGACUCGCCCUUUUCUCCAAAGGGUACUGCGAGCAGGUUCGACAUUGAGGCGCUGAACCGAUCGUUUGUGUGUGCGCCGUCAAUUGAGAUCAUCACUGCCAGAAGAGCGCCGCCGGCAGGUUUGGCCUGGGGCGGUGAAAGCUACGCACACGCCGUCAUGACCACCUCGCUGGUCGCUGAGGAGGACCCCGACUCGGUCGUGACGCUGCGAGUCACGAAGGUGGGCUGCAUCAGCCGCAAGGACGACAUCGUUGACAACAAGAAAAAAUCUCAGUCGAGAAAGUGGAAGACAUGGGGACUGAUGCUGUCCUCGUCUCAGCUUCUAUUCUUCAGAGAUCUUGUUUGGACCAGUGCGCUGGACCAGCAGAUUCAGGAGCAGACAAAGGAUGGCAAAGGCGACAAAGAAGGCGGGGUCCUUAUCACGCCUCGUAUUACCUACUUUAGGCCAGACGAUGUCCUCGGUCUGUCAGACGCGAUUGCGGUGCGCGACUCUUCGUACGACAAGUACAACCACGUCUUCCGCCUCAUUGCCAAGCAGGGUAAUCAAAUCUGCCAGUACUUGGUUCAGACGCCAAGCGAGAAGGACAUGAACGACUGGAUCCACAAGAUUAAUUUCUGCGCCACAUUUCGAUCCCUCGGCAUCACGAUUCGUGGGCUUGAUCCACCAGCGACAUCCACCUCUUCGCCGGACUUUGGCGCUGAUCCGUCCAUCACCUCAUCUUCAUCAACGUCGACGAGCAUCGACUCGAGGAGGGUCAGCGAUGCUACGAUGCCGGGACCAGGCACGCCAAAAGUGGGCAUGACAAAUUCGCCUUCGCACGACAGCGGGCUCAGCCGGUUCCUGCCACCUUCACCCAGCCCUUCGUCGCCAGGCGAAGGUGGCAUGAUACCCUUGGUCGGUAUCAUGCGUCGCAGGCUCAAUGCCAGAAGACGAGAGAUGUUUCCCAAGAUCGACACGGUGACGAAGAGUCUGGAGAAGCAUGAAAAACAGCUUGACGACAAGCUUCGCCUCGCGAGACAUCUUGCCAUCACGACGCCGUUCCAGAAAGUGACGCGCGAGCGGAUCGAAUUGGUCGCUGUCCCUCUGGCCGACGAGAUCAGGGCCUUGCGCAUCGAGGUGGCACGCUUUAGAAGCAGGAGGGAGAUGCUUAUGCUCGAGCUUGAGGCGGGUGAUAAGGCGGCAAGAGCCACUGCGCCUGCGGCUUCCUUCAUGCAGAGCGGAUGGACAAAGGCGGAAGCACCGAUGGUAGAGACUUCGCUCCCACCGCCGAUGCUCUCGACACAAGCUCAGACACCGUCCCAACCGUUGGUCCGGCGCGACAGUCGCGGGCGUGGGGCGUCUCAGACCUUAGCAAUGCGAUCCAAUGCCACGAGACGACCAGAUAUGGUAGCAGCGGCGGAAAAUGGCAUAUCAACGAUGGCUGGUUCGGCGCCCAUCUCGCGCUCAUCGUCUUCUCCCGGUAAAUCUCCGGCAUUGGGCGGCGCUAAACCAUCGGAGAGUGGUCCGCCAUCGAGACGCUCGUCGAAUGUGAAUCUCUCAACGGACGUUGUUCCACGAGACGGCAAAUACCUCAGAAUCGAUUUUCACGAAGAGGAAGAGGAACUGAGCAGCGGUGCCGACGGGUCAGGCUCCAAUAGCGAUCGAAAGGUGUCGACGAGCUCUUGGUCUUCUAAUUCUGCUUCCAUUUCAGAGUCGGGCGCAGGGAUCGUGGGCGGAGUCGGCCCGUUCCCAUUGACUCCGACGACGCCCUCUGCCAUAUCGCCUUCUGUGGGGACGUCAGAUGCGAAGAGAUUCAUGCAGCGCCAGCACCCAGAGGCGCAGGAGCGAGACGAUGUCGUCGAUUGGAAUCAGACGAAGAUGGCUUCUACGCACAACAAGCGCAUCUCCCUGGCUAUGUUGCCCAGCUCCAACGAGCUGCACCAGCAACUCCAGGAACGCAUUGGCCAGCAUCAGCAUCAACAUCAAGAGCGCAGUGCCGGAGAGGCAAAAUGAGGCUCCUGUACCAUGUAGCAGAGCCGACAAGGCACAGUGGUAUGAUAAAUCGUAGAGGGGUUUCCUUAUUCUUCAUGUCUUGAACAGCGAUGAUGAUGAUGAUGACGAUGAUGAAGAUGAAAUUUAGCUUAAAGGUCAUGAGGCUUGUGGGGCAAAGCUGAAGAGCACUACUUCUUGGCUUUUUCA